AGAGGCGCUGAGUCAGGGUGCUGAUGAGCCCGGGCAGGCCCGGACUGGGCGGGGUUAGCGCCUGCGCACUGGACGGCUUCGGGGCAGGGCAGAUUUAUAUCUGCGGGGAUCAGCUGACGCUCCGCAUUGCAGACUGCGGAGUCAGGCGGCGCUAUGUACGCUCUCUUCCUCCUGGCCAGCCUCCUGGGCGCGGCUCUAGCCAGCCCAGUCCUUGGACUGAAAGAAUGCACCAGAGGCUCGGCAGUGUGGUGCCAGAAUGUGAAGACGGCAUCUGACUGUGGGGCAGUGAAGCACUGCCUGCAGACCGUUUGGAACAAGCCAACAGUGAAAUCCCUUCCCUGUGACAUAUGCAAAGACGUUGUCACCGCAGCUGGUGAUAUGCUGAAGGACAAUGCCACCGAGGAGGAGAUCCUUGUUUACUUGGAGAAGACCUGUGACUGGCUUCCAAAACCGAACAUGUCUGCUUCGUGCAAGGAAAUAGUGGACUCCUACCUCCCAGUCAUCCUGGACAUCAUUAAAGGAGAAAUGUCACCAGUUGACACUGUUGGAAAUGCUGGGGGAAAAGUUGGUUGGUUUUUGGUGCACUGUUGCAGUGAUUUGUUAAGGAAUCUGUUUCUCUCUCCCCAGUGCAAGAACUAUAUCAGCCAGUAUUCGGAAAUUGCUAUCCAGAUGAUGAUGCACAUGCAACCCAAGGAGAUCUGUGCGCUGGUUGGGUUCUGUGAUGAGGUGAAAGAGAUGCCCAUGCAGACUCUGGUCCCCGCCAAAGUGGCCUCCAAGAAUGUCAUCCCUGCCCUGGAACUGGUGGAGCCCAUUAAGAAGCACGAGGUCCCAGCAAAGUCUGAUGUUUACUGUGAGGUGUGUGAAUUCCUGGUGAAGGAGGUGACCAAGCUGAUUGACAACAAUAAGACUGAGAAAGAAAUACUCAGCGCUUUUGACAAAAUGUGCUCGAAGCUGCCGAAGUCCCUGUCGGAAGAGUGCCAGGAGGUGGUGGACACGUACGGCAGCUCAAUCCUGUCCAUCCUGCUGCAGGAGGUCAGCCCUGAGCUGGUGUGCAGCAUGCUGCGCCUCUGCUCUGGCACGCGGCUGCCUGCGCUGACCGUUCAUGUGACUCAGCCAAAGGACGGUGGCUUCUGUGAAGUGUGCAAGAAGCUGGUGGGUUAUUUGGAUCGUAACCUGGAGAAAAACAGCACCAAGCAGGAGAUCCUGGCUGCUCUUGAGAAAGGCUGCAGCUUCCUGCCCGACCCUUACCAGAAGCAGUGUGAUCAGUUUGUGGCAGAGUACGAGCCCGUGCUGAUCGAGAUCCUGGUGGAGGUGAUGGAUCCUUCCUUCGUGUGCUUGAAAAUUGGAGCCUGCCCGUCAGCCCGUAAGCCCUUGUUGGGAACUGAGAAGUGUGUAUGGGGCCCAAGCUACUGGUGCCAGAACACAGAGACAGCAGCCCAGUGCAAUGCUGUCGAGCAUUGCAAACGCCAUGUGUGGAACUAGGAGGAGGAAUACCAGCUUGGAGAAACUGCAGCAUUCGUUUUUUUCUACUUGUGUGUCUGGGAGAAUGAACGCACAGAUCUAUUUGAUUUUGUUACAAAAAUAGGGCUCCCUCACCUCCCCCAUUUCUGUGUCCUUUAUUGUAGCAUUGCUGUCUGCAAGGGAGCCCCUAGCCCCUGGCGGACAUAGCUGCUUCCGUGCCCCUUUUCUCUCUGCUAGAUGGAUGUUGAUGCACCGGAGGUCUUUUAGCCCGCCCUUGCAUGGCGCCUGCUGGAGGAGGAGAGAGCUCUGCUGGCAUGAGCCACAGCUUCUUGACUGGAGGCCAUCAACCCUCUUGGUUGGGGCCUUGUUCUGAGCCCUGACAUGUGCUCGGGCACUGGUAGGCCUGGGCUUCUGAGGUGGCCUCCUGCCCUUUCCUGGGCCUCUCAGCUGUACAAAGCAGCAAAACAAAGGCAGUUUUAUAUGAAAGAUUAGAAGCCUGGAAUAAUCAGGCUUUUUAAAUGAUUUAAUCCCCGCUGUAAUUGCACAGGGAUUUUGGAAGCAGCUGCUGGUGGCUUGGGACCUCAGUGGGGCCACGGGUUCUCUGUCCCUGGUUCAACUGUGAUUUGGCUUUCCCGUGUCUUUCCUGGUGAUGCCUUGUUCGGGGUUCUGUGGGUCUGGGUGUGAAGGGGGCCAUCUGCCUGAAUGUAACCUGCUAGCUCUCCAAAGGGCCCGCAGGCCUGGCUUGUGUGAGCGUGUGGACAGUGGUGGCCGCGCUGUGUCUGCUCAUAUUGUCUAUGUGUCCCUGGCUGCUGAGGCGCUGCUGCAGCCUGCACCCCUCCCCCGUCUCACAGAGGCUCCUUUUGACCUUCCUUUUCAAAUAAAUGUGGAUGGCGAGCUUCUAGGCCUGUGGCUCCUGUUAGAGGGCAGCAUGCUGAGGGGUCUGCUGGGUGUGGGUUGGACGCUGGGGUGUGGGUUGGAUGCUGUCUGCAGCUCACUUGGGCACCCACGCUUCUGUCCACUUCUGGUUGCCAGGAGACAGCAAAGCCAGCAGGAUACGCAGUUGCUAUUAAAUGGACUUCGUGAGUUUUGUUUUGCACUAAAAUUUCUGUGAUUUAACAAUAAAAUUCUGUUAGCCAAA